UGUGACUCAGAGAUAGUUGAGGUUAUUUGCAUAUAAGUAUAUAAGGAGGAAGGGAAGGAAAGAUCAGAAAGAGAGUUCAACACAGAAAGAAGAAAUCAAAUAAAGUGUCCAGGAAAACAAAGGAAAGAUGAAAGCUGUUUGUUUUUCUCUCCUCUUACUGUUGGCAUGUAGCUUUGGAGAGGCGCUGAAAUGCAACAACUGUAUUGGCAAAGGCUGCAGAAACACAGUGGAGACCUGCCGUCCUGAUUUUGAUGCCUGCAUCAGUGCCAUUUUCUUGCCCCCAGCCCCUCCAUCAUUCUUCAGGAGAUGCAUCAAGAAGUCAGACUGUCUUCUGCUGGCAGGAACACCAGGCAUUAAUGCCAACUGCUGCUACACUGACCGGUGCAACUAAAACAGUCAUACAG